AUGGACGUCCACGUACGCGGUUGCAAUUUCAGCACCGCAGACAGCUCUCUCUCCGGCUCAAGCGUCGGCACCGUGGCCACUCCGCGGGACUCCCCGGCGUGCCACAGCCUCGGCGGGCUGAGCCGGACCGGCCACACGGUGGUUGCGGUAUGCCUCGGCUUCAUUUUAGUGGCGGGAAUCCUCAACAACUUCCUCGCACUUCUGAUCUUCGCAAAGUUUCGCUCCCUCUGGAAGCCCAUCAAUGUCAUCCUGUUGAACAUCAGUCUGAGCGACAUCCUCGUGUGCGUUUUCGGCACGCCCUUCAGUUUCGCUGCGAGUCUGCACGGGAGAUGGCUCAUCGGAGAGCACGGCUGCAAGUGGUACGGGUUCGCCAACUCCCUCUUUGGUAUUGUGUCCCUGGUGUCCUUGUCUGUUCUCUCCUAUGAGCGCUACACCGCCGUGCUGCAUUCCUCGCAGGUCGACAUCUCAGACUUCAGGAAGGCCCGGCUCUGUGUCGGAGGCUCCUGGCUCUACUCUCUCCUCUGGACCUUGCCGCCCUUACUGGGUUGGAGCAGCUACGGACCAGAGGGCCCCGGUACCUCGUGCUCCGUCCAGUGGCACCUCCGUUCACCCGCCAGCGUCUCGUAUGUGCUGUGUCUCUUCAUCUUCUGCCUGCUGCUGCCCUUUCUGCUCAUGGUCUACUCUUACGGCCGAAUCCUGGUGGCAAUCAGGAGGGUGGGUAAGAUCAAUCUGUUGGCCGCUCAGCGCAGAGAGCAGCACAUUCUGACGAUGGUGUUGGCCAUGGUGUCGUGCUACAUGCUGUGCUGGAUGCCCUACGGCAUCAUGGCGCUGAUGGCCACGUUCGGUAGGUCCGGACUGGUCACUCCCGCGGCUAGUGUGGUUCCCUCUGUCCUGGCCAAGUUCAGCAGUGUCAUCAACCCCGUCAUCUACAUGUUCUUCAACAACCAGUUUUACAGAUGCUUUGUGGCCUUCAUGAGGUGCAGCUCUGAACCCCAGUCUGUUCAAGGACAGGAGCACCCAACUCCGAGGACACAGUUCUCUGGCUUCUUCCUCGUCCACAGACGAGCCUCCCUCCGCUCUUCACAGCGUCAGAUCCUCAGCGGCUCCGAAAGCGCUGCGCUCUGCAGCCGCCACAAUGACCGCCACACUCUCGUUGUCCACUACACUCCUUAA